UUAAUAGUAUUAAAAAUCCUUUUAUAUAUAUUAUUAAUGUAUGUAUAUUAUAUGAUGAAUAUUCCAUCAAUCUCCCGAUCCCCCUUUAACUUCCUCCUCCCCCUCUUGUUUCUCAAGUUUAUAUAGUCUUGAAGAAGUUGUUUUUUCAAUUAAGUCCUCUAUUUUCUGUCCUUGAAGUCUAACUAAACUUCAUUCAUUAGUCCUCUCUCUCUCUCUCUCUCUACAUGACGAUGAGCAAUAUUAACCACAACAACUUGGGGGAUACGACGCUAACAAAGGUGUUUGUAGGAGGGUUGGCAUGGGAAACUCCUAAGGAAGCCAUGAAAGAGCACUUUGACAAGUAUGGUGACAUCUUGGAAGCUGUCAUCAUCUCCGAUAAGCUCACCGGAAGAUCCAAAGGCUAUGGCUUUGUGACCUUUAAGGACGCAGAAUCAGCCAAAAAAGCAUGCGAGGAUGCCACUCCCAUUAUCAACGGGCGCCGAGCCAACUGUAAUCUCGCGUCCCUCGGCGCCCGUCGUUCCCGCCCCUCUCCCUCUAUCACUCCCCCCCCUCCUCCUCAACAAGGAGCUAAUGUGGUAGGACCAAGGGCUAAUUCAGCAUCACCUGCAAGUCACGUGCAGUGGUACUAUCCUGCUGCGGCACCCCAAGCUGCAGCUCCGGCUUCACCCUUUCACCAUCAGCACCAUCAUCAGCCUCUUCCUUUCUAUGGGUAUUCUCCAGCUUAUAUUGCCACAGACGUGAACUACAAUCAUAAAGUAAGCUACAAUGGUGGGGGCUACAUGAAUGGGCAUUUUUCUCAAGUGUAUCCAAGUCAGGCAAUGAUGCCAAUGUACCCAUACUAUCACUUUCAUCAUCAGUCACAGACAAUGGGCCUUCCAGCCCAUAUCUAUUCUCCAACACCUGCUGGCCCAAUACCUGCACUUCCAGCCCUUAUGUCAAAGCCCACAUCAAUUCCUCCUACUGCAGUUUGUUUGGCUGUGGAAUAGGUACAAUUAUUAUGAUGAAAAGGAUGAUAAGAAAGAGCAAUUAUUAGAAUGGAGAAUUAAAGGUGGUGAUUGGAUCAAAUAACAAAAGAGGAUGAGAGGCUGCUCAGAGCAAUGCUAUUAUUAGAGAUAUUCUGUAGUGGCUCUUCUAAUUAAUUUCCAAUUUUAUUUAUUUUUUUCUUUGUAAUUUUUCUAAGCAAAAACAAACAAAAAAAUUUAUUAUUGUCAAUCAGGUUACUAGUUAGAUUUAUUCAUUUCUUAUCUAA